GUCGCGCGUACUGUCGAACCAGGAGUUAGAGAAAAGCCACUUCUCCCAGGGUUGUCAGCAUUCUUUCUCUCGCCAGGCGAGACACUUCGUCAUCCCCUACGCCCAGAGACCAAAGAGGCUUGGGGAGCCUCAGAUGCAGAGGGUCCCUCCCUUAACACCGUCAGUGCAUCCUCGACGUCCAUCGGCAGCCUCACCGAUGACACGGGCUACCAAGAGAGCCAGGACCUGACCAGUGAAGAAGAUGCCAGCUUCGCUCAGUCCAAGAGGCAGAAGCGGACCAAGGUGGCCACUGUCCGGAUGAGAAGUAAGGGGAGGGAGGAAGAUCAGGACAAGGAGGAUGAGGAGGAUGAGGCAGAGGCCCCCCGGACCUCUUUGCCGUCCCCUAGGAGACGGAAGCAACGCCCACCUUCAAGGACCGGCCCGCCGAGGCCGAGGGAGCGUGACAGCAUCUUGGAAAGCAGCUUCAGCGCGCUCGCCCCCAACACCAAGUCAUCCCACUGGAGUUUGGCCCUGUUCUGUCAGUACUUAUGUAGCUGCUGCCACGGGAGGCAGAAUUCAGUGGAGGAAAACAAAGCGGUGGACCCCCUAGGAAGGAGGGACCCAGAUGAGAAGGGCCCUGUCACAGGCUCCAUCACCGAGCAAGGGGCCUCUGGGGCAACCCCGAGCGGAGCUCUGGGCAGAAGCGAGAACAGAGAGUGUGAUCGUUCAGCUUGUAAAUAAAGCAAAUUUUAUU